AUCCUGCCUACAUCAAGAAUCCGCCAGUUUAAGAAGUUUCCUGUCACAAGGUUGCCAAGGGGUUUCCCACCCUUGCCUCGCCACUGACAGCCGACAUGCAGGAAACCCCAGCAACAUCGUCUGCCCCUGGGUCUCGGAGCCAAUCCUUGUUCAACGUUACACGCCAGCCCUCUGCUCUACUUGGUGCCAGCCUAGGGGUUCAGACCUCAAAGACUGGCCCCACCCCUGCCUCAGCCCACCUGAAGGCCAAGGUCCCAAAUACCCGUCGCAUGUGCCGGAUCAUCUCCGAGGAUGCAGAAUGGACCCUGGCCAUUGUACCUCUCCUUACAGAGCUCUGCAUUCAGCACAUCGUCAAGAACUUCGAGAACAACCCAAUCCUGAAGCAGCUGCUCCCAGAGCACCAAGAGAAGGUCUUGAGCCUCCUGCCCCCUGACCUGCCUCUGAGCUUGACUGCCAACUUGAUAGCCGAUGAGAACUAUUGGCAGCGCUGCUGCACCAAGCGCUGGCCCGUGUGCCACUUGGCCAGGUACGGCGGCAGCUGGAAGCGCAUGUUCUUCGAGAGACACCUGGAGAGCCAGCUCAAGUUCUUCAUCCCAGGUACCACAGACCCCAACGUGAUCCUGGACCUGCUGCCCCUCUGCAGGGACUACGUGCGCCGCCUCCAAGUGGACCAGCUCCUCCCGCCGGUGCGGCUGCCGGCCCCGCCCCAAGGGGAGGAACAGUCGGACUCGGGCAGUGAGGCAGAGGGAGGUGAGUCUGAGAAGGACCACUACCAGCUGGAGGCUCUGGUGGCCGGCCUCAAGCACCUGGAGGAGCUGGACCUGGUGUACGGCAUCAAAGACUGUGGCGUGAACUUUCAGUGGAACUUUUUCCUCUUCACCUAUCAAGACUGCCACUCUCUGGCAGCCACCGUCAAAGCUUGCCACACCCUCAAGAUCUUCAAGCUGACCCGAAGUAAGGUGGAUGACGAUAAGGCCCGCAUCCUAAUCCGUAGCCUGCUGGACCACCCAGCCCUCGAGGAGCUGGACCUAUCCCACAACCUCAUUGGAGACCGUGGUGCACGAGCAGCAGCCAAGCUGCUGAGCCACAGUCGCCUGCGAGUGCUCAACCUAGCCAACAAUCAGUUGCGGGCCCCUGGUGCACAGUCGCUGGCUCAUGCCCUGGCACACAACACCAACCUUGUCUCCCUCAACCUCCGCCUCAACUGCAUUGAAGAUGAGGGUGGCCAAGCAAUUGCCCAUGCCCUGGAGACCAACAAGUGCCUCACCACACUGCACCUCGGUGGCAAUGAACUGUCUGAGCCCACAGCUACCCUCCUCUCCCAGGUGCUCCCCAUCAACACCACGCUCAUCAGCCUCAACCUAUCCUGCAACCACAUUGGCGUGGAUGGUGGGAAGCAACUCCUGGAAGGCAUGUCAGACAACAAGACCAUCCUGGAGUUUGACUUGCGUCUGUCAGAUGUAUCCCAAGAGAGCGAGUACCUCAUCGGCCAGGCUCUCCAUGCCAACCGAGAGGCUGCCCGCCAGCGGACCCUGAAUCCUGGCCACUUCAUGUCACCCAUCACUAACUGUCCUGAGAAGUCUGUAGGCUAAGAUGGGGUACAGGGCUAG